AUGUCUUCUAUUGAUGCACUUAUCCCGGAUUCUGAGCAGACACAUCAAACCAACUCCUCCAAAUGGUCGCUUUCGUUAAUCUCUUCUAUAGCGAUUGCGUGUUUGAGUUCUAUUCAAUAUGGUUAUCAUAUGGCUGAAUUGAAUGCUCCGGAGAAGUUGAUUCGUACCUCCUUACAAUUGAAUGAGUCUCAAAUCAGUUUAAUUACGUCAAUAUUUUCCAUUGGAGGAUUGGUUUCUUCUACUUUGGCAAGUACCCUUAGUGUGGGACAUGGAUUAAAGGUCAGUUUCAUACUCACUUCUGUAUUCUAUAUAUUGGGAUCGUUUAUCGAAUCUCAGGCACAUAACUACUUCCAGAUGCUUUUGGGAAGAUUCUUCUCUGGUAUUGGUGGUGGGUUGGCUAUUGUCUUUGUUCCCUUAUAUGUCAAUGAGGUUUCUCCUUUGAAUCUGAGGGGAUUCCUCGGCAGUAUGACGCAAGUUAGCGUUAAUUUGGGUAUCUUAUUGACCCAAAGCCUUGCCCUUAUAUGGUCAAUUAAUGAGUUAUGGAGAAACAUUUUGUGGAUGGGCGUAUUUAUUGGCUGUUUAGAUCUUCUACUUACGCUUUUACUCCUCGAAGAAUCUCCUAAAUGGCUCGUUCUUAAUAAUAACAACGAUUCUGAGGGCAUCCGAGCCUUGACUAAACUCAGAAAUGGUGAUAUCGUUACUUCCAAGUGGGAAAUUGAUAGCUGGAAACAGGAGCAGAAACGCCAUGUUGAAUCUGUUCAGUCUAACCCUCAACUCAAGCAGUUGAAUCUCUAUACAUAUCUUACUCAGCCAGACUAUAGAAAUUCUCGUUUGGUGGCAACAUUCUCAGUGUUAGGUCAGCAGUUUGCUGGUAUCAACUCCGUGAUAUUCUAUGGAGUUAAAAUCCUUGCCGAUGUGUUCCCUAAUUGGGCAGUGGCCCUCAAUUGUUUCAUCAGUAUUGGAAAUACUGUUAUAACGUUUGGUGCAUCACUUUUCUUGGAUAGGGUAGGACGGAAGCCUAUGCUAUUAACAUCCGUCUUCUUUAUGGGCAUUUCCUUGGUAGGACUAAGUGGCGGUAUUAUUUUCCAUCAAUCCAUGUUGACUAUAAUCAGCAUUUUCACUUAUGUGGGGUCGUUCGCCAUUGGUUGUGGCCCUAUUCCUUUCCUUCUAGUCAGCGAAGUCUCUCAAGUGGAGGUUAAGGACUUGGCCCAGAGUUGGGCCACGAACUGCAAUUGGGUCAGUGUUUUCAUAGUGGGUUCGGCCUUUCCUAUACUCAACGAGUCUAUUGGUGGAUAUACGUAUAUUAUAUUUGCCGCAGUCUGUCUCGCAUUUGGCCUAUUUAUCAAGCAGUUUAUUCCGGAGACGAAAGGCAAAGAGACUUACUCCGAGGUUUGGAAUUUAAAUGCAAGGGAGGAUUGA